UAGCUGCGUCCCGGGCGAUAAAAUAAAUCGAAGCUGCUGCGCUAGGGAGUUCGUGCCUUUCCCUGAUUAGUUUACAAACAACAACACGAAACCAUAAGCAGUACUGAAUAGCCAGAAAUGCUCUAGUGAGAGAAGUUAGGGGGGUAUUAGCCUUUAUGGUUGCAAUCGUAUCUGGAAGGGCAAAGAUAGAUGUCUAGAUAAACAAAGUGAGCACGUUUGGUGAUUUUGAUUCAUGGAUGUAAAUUGACGUUCAGAACCUGUCUUCUGCAGAGGUAACUUUAAUUGAGUUUGUUUUCAGUAACAGUAUGGCUGAAGAUACUAGAGCCACUAAAUUCAGCUUUGAGUUUUGGCUGCGCAAGACUCUUGAGUGGGGUCAAAUCAGCACUUCAGAAUCUCAGCAAGAUGUCUGCCUUCACUUGCCUGAAUUACAGGAAUUUCUAGUACAGAUUUAUGGAGCUUUGAAACACAUGAACUGUACUACUGCAGUCCAGGAGUUUCCAUUAAUUGGUCAAUUACUGGGAAGGCUUUGCUGGAACCCAUUUGUCAUUGGCUAUGAUGAAUGCCAGAAGAUUCUAAUGUGGUGCUUAUGUUGUCUGUACAGUGGUGAACCACAGAACCCAGUGGAAUUGAAGGCCAACAGCUGGAUACAAAGUUCAUUAUGCCACCUGCUCUCAUUUUCUGGACUGGGAAAUCAUGACAUGGAUAUUAACCAUUUUAUUUCAACUCUUGGCUUCACAUCUGCAGAUUACUAUUCUAAACUCAUUGAAAAUGUGGUCUUAUCAUUAGUGACAGAACUCAGCAGAAAUCCAUUUAAUGGAAUUAGCAGACAACAAAGUUUUUCUUCUCGAGUAACUUCCAUAUCCCUUCUUUGUGUACCACUCAUUACUUUGCCUGAUGUAAUGCCACUGCUGGAAGCCCUUCUUAAUUAUCAUGAAGAUGGAUUACAAGAGGUCCUCCAUCCUGAGUUUUUAGAAGCAGUGAAUGAGGCUGUGUUACAUAAAAAGAUUUAUUUGCCUGAAUCUGGUGUGCUGCAGUUGUGGCUUCGUCAUCUGCCUAGUCUGGAGAAAGCAGUGCUGCAAAAUCUCAAAACUUUUAUCUCUAGCCAUCCAAGUUCACUGAAAAAGAUGAAAAGUAUGAUAAAAGGUUCUUUAUUGCACCGAGCUGCAUGCCAUCCAGCUGUCUUCAGAACUAUUGAUGAAAUUUUCAAGAAUGCACUGCUGGAAACUGAUGGAGCACCAGAAGUAAUGACCGUAAUGCAGGUGUUUACACAGUGCUUUCUUCAAGCUUACUAUGAGAAUAAUAAGCAGCAUAAAUUCCCAAUGAAGGUCUACUUUCCUCAUAAUCCCCAUUCACUUGUGAUGGCUUUCCUUCAACAUCCCUCAGACUUGCCAGCUAUUGAUGUACAUCGGCACUUGACCCACAUUGCAGAAAUGCUCAAAACAGCAGAAGCUGAGCACAUUGGAUCUUGUGGAGGCCUCUUUGAAAACUGGUUUUUGUUCGUUCAUUUUGGAGAAUGGGCUGAUAUCGCAGCAGAGCAGUUGUUGUCACAGGCUGAAUCCUCAGAUGCUUUGCUUUGGCUUUUGGUAUUUUACUAUAAACCAGGUGACGAAAAUCAGCAGAGAACUCAAACAAUGGUAGAAGCCAGAUUGGUGUGUGAUCAUUUGACAACCCUGUCCAGAACUCCAACUAUUUCUGUCACAGAUCUGCAGAUUGCAAUUAGCAGCAAAACAAAAACCAGGCAACCAGGUACCAGCCUGGUAGUUAUGCAUCUGAUUAUCAGUUUUCUGCUCUUUACUCCUGCUGGACACGUGGUAGCCAGAGAAUUCAUUGCGGAUUUUGUAGUUGCAGGCAGUGAAAUCCCAGAAAUUACUGGUCUUCUAACCCGCCUUGCAAACAGAGUUAGCCAACUUGGAAUGAAAUAUCAAAGGACUGUAAAGCUGGUGAAUGAUCUCCUCCAGAAACUAAAAUGUGGGGUUUAGUUUUCUUUUUGAUGUUCAUCUUGGACCAGUAAUCAGACUCACUAAUCAGAACAACUAAAAAGGAGAUAAGGUGUUGAGUUUUUCUAGGAGCAAUUUUUCCUUUAUAUGAAACAGUCAUAUGUGUGUGUGUAUAGAUGAAUAGAUAGAUACACACCCCUGUAUAUAUGUUAACACUCAAAUAAAUAGUAAGAAAUGUAGUUGAAAAUGCUGUUGGUGAUCUACAUACCAAAACAUCAUUAUAUCUUGACUUUUUUGAAGUCACACACUGAUUAGAAUCUGGUUGUGUCCUAGAAAUACAGUCUUCAAGUUCACUUUCAUCAUAAGACUGAAAACAAAAUGUGAUAGUACUGGAGGAUUUUCCUUAUGUAGCUUAAUACUGGCAAAUGUAAAUCAUCGGUAGGAAAAAUCUUUUUCUAUUUGCCUCGUGAGAGAACAUUUAUUAAAUUACAUGAUUUAUU